CGUUUAUAACGUUCCCUUACUUAGAGCUCCAGUUUAAAAGAAAUCUCUAAAUAAUCCGAUUUUUCUAAAAAAAAAUUAAAUUGCAAUCAUGUUAAAAUAUUUCGAUUUAGAAGAAAGUUAUUCACGUUUUCCCGAAAUUAAACGUGAAGAAGUACUAAAGGUACUACAAUGGAUUCAUGCCCAACCGCAUAUGCCCAAUUUGAAUGAACACGCCGUUUUACUAGUCUUCUUUGCGUGUCGUUAUAGUACGGAAUAUACGAAACAAGUUAUCGAUACAAAUCUAACAUGUCGUACUCAUGUUGAAGAGUUUUUUGCAAAUUUGGAUUGUGAACGUCCUGAUGUUAAGUUGUGUAUGAAAACAAUCUCAAUUAGUCCACUACCGAAAUAUACUCCCGAAGGUUAUGGGGUCAUUAUUGGUAAACUUGCUGAUACGAACGCUUCCAAUUUCAGUUUUGCCGAUACAAUGAAAUUAUAUUGUCUAAUAUUUGAUGUUUGGGUGCUAGAAGAUGGUUUACGUCCCGGACAUAUAAUUGUCAUUGAUCUUAAAGGUGUCACACUGGGUCAUGUGGCACGUGUUGGUUUAUUGCAAAUGAAAAAGUUUUUGUUUUAUUUACAGGAUGCCGCUCCUGUACGUCUGGUGGGCUUCCAUUUUAUCAACAUUGUACCAUUUAUGGAUAAAAUUUUAGCCUUAAUGAAUCCAUUUAUGAAAAAGGAACUGCUCAGUAUUUUACAUUUACACAAUACAUUGGAGGAUUUUUAUAAAUUUGUGCCAAAAGAAAUUCUACCACAAGAUUACAAUGGACCCGAACCGGAUAUGCUUAAUAUGAAAGAAGUGUAUUACCAAAAAUUACGCGACAAUCGUCAAGAAAUUAUAGAGAAUGAACGUUUUAAUCGUAUUAAUGAAAAAAUGCGACCGGGUAAACCUAAAAAUGCUUCAGAUCUAUUUGGCAUAGAAGGUAAUUUUAAGAAAUUAGACAUAGAUUAGGAGAAUUUGAAUAUAUGUGUGAUAUAAGUAACUGUUUUAAUAAAGUAAUAUAUGAUGGGGUGUUUGAAAUAUUAA